AUGGACUUCCCGUCCGGCACCCGAGUGCGCUACGAAGACAAGUACUACAUCGUCAUUGGGGCUGCGGAACGAGGCAAGGUUCUGAUCCAGAAUGAGAAUGACGCGGAGGAUAUACUGAGGGUUGAUCCGGAGACUUUGAAGGAGGUUUAG